CUGUGCGCUGACAGCCGGGGAGAAAUAAGCAGCGACCGGCGCUCCUCAUUCGUCCCUGCAGCGGGAAAAACUGUGCUCAUUUCAGGGCACGGACGGCUUUUUGAAAGAGCUCCGAGCUUUCAGGCAUGCUUUCUCCGCCUGCCUCCGUCGGUAAACGGGACGCCGGUGAAUAACACUUCCCGUUAGCGGCUGGAUAAAUGACUUGAGAAACUCUCGUCGAAGUGAGCGGACAGAGAAAGCGGCUGUAUGGGAAAUGAAUGUUACCGGGAAACAGCAACCUGAGCUGAUCGAGCGACCCGCCAGCCUCCCGGUUCCAACUUCGACAAAAUCUGGAAUUGCUUUGCUGUACAAUGAGGAGACCAACAAUACCUAUGAUGUCUGCCUGAAACUGACCAAAGAGGUAUUAACCAUACAGAAGCUGGAUGUGGUUUGCACGAGUGGAAGUGAAUCCCAAGUAAAUCACAGAACUGUUGUACUGCGAAGACAAGCGACUGGCAGUCUGGGCUUAAGCAUCAAAGGAGGUGCCGAGCACAACGUGCCAGUGGUUAUUUCAAAGAUUUUUAAAGAUCAAGUAGCCGAUCAGACGGGGAAGCUGUUCGUCGGGGACGCGGUGCUGCAGGUCAAUGGCAUUAAUGUAGAGCAUUGUACUCACGAGGAAGUUGUUCACCUCCUGCGUACUGCAGGAGAUGAGGUCACCAUCACCGUUCGCUACCUGCGAGAAGUUCCAUCAUUUCUAAAACUGCCUCUAGGUUCUCCGGGGCCAGAUCACAGUCGAGUGUCCUCCCCGCUGUUCGACAGCGGUGUGCAUUUAAAUGGAAAUGGAAACAACACAGCUCCAUCACCCCCCUCGCCCUCAGCUAAUGAACCAAAGUAUGAGAAGCGCUGGCUGGAUGCUGUCUCCCUGCCCUUGUUGAUGGCCAGAGUCUCCAGAUACAAAGCCGGCAAAGAUAAAUUAAGGUUCAACUGUUUUGAAGUUUUUGCCUUGGAUGGAGCCAGCACCAAUAUUCUUCAAUUUUGCACUGCAGCAGAAAGCACAGACUGGCUCCAAGCAAUAUCCACAAAUAUCAAUGACUUGACACAGGAGAAUAUAAAGAUUAUCAACAAGUACUGCUCUUCAGAUGAUCAGAUUGUUCACAUGGGCUGGGCAUGUGAGUGCCCCGAGGGGAGCGCCUCUGGUCGAACUUCAGCAUUCAAGUUCCUGGCACUGCGAGGACCAUAUUUUUAUAUCUUCAGAAGUCCCCCGAUCAGUGCUGCUGACUGGGGACAAGCUGAAACAACAUAUAACCUCUAUGAGGUUCUUUUCAAGGUUCACAAGCUGUGGAUGGCAGAGGACUGCUGGCUCCAGGCGAGGCUCUACUUGGGACUGGAGCAUUCACCUGAGCAGGACACAGAGUCUCUGUGUUUCAGUAUUCUUGUUGGCCACGGCCAGAGCCACACCUUCAGGGUAGAGCUGGCCACUGACCUGGCCAUCUGGGAGAAGUCCUUCCAGAGGGCUGUUUUCUUGGAAGUACAGCGAAUACAAUCCAAAAGCUACAUGUGCAGCAGCCAGGGGAAUGUGCUGUGCUUCACCAUAGACUUUGCAUCGGGCUUCACCUGCUCGGAGAGCACUUCGAAGACCAUACUAUGGCGAUAUAAGUUCUCUCAACUUAAAGGCUCCUCUGAUGAUGGUAAAACCAGGGUAAAGCUCCUUUUUAAGAAUCCUGAAAGCAAGCAGAUAGAAAUGAAGGAGCUGGAGUUUGCUAAUCUGACAGCCGUCCUCCACUGUAUACAUUCUUUUAUCGCAGCCAAAGUGGCCUCCAUGGACCCUCUCUUUAUGUGCAGUCAAAGCUUCCUCGGAAAUUACACGAACAGUUAAGAAGACACGUCCUCAUCGUGAUGUGCACCUGAGGCAAAUCAGCAGUAUUUUAUGCACAGAGCCCAUUGAUAUGUAUAUCUUGUUCUUGCUAUUUUUGUAUGAACUUCUGAAAAAGACAUCUUUGUAAAAGACUCCUGAGGUGGAAAAUGUGUGAUGUACUGAGGGAAAGAUGAUGAUGUUUCAUUUUUAGACAAGUAGUGAUAUCCAGUGAGAGAAGAUAUAUAUAGUUCUUCCACGUCCUUUAAGUUUUUUUGUUUUUCAUUUCACGAUGAUCAGAGUGAAAUUUAACACCUGUGAUAUCAUGAAAAAUGAAGUAACUGCCACUGUGUUUAACAGAAAACCUAAAACUGAAUUUUAUUUUCUGCAUACCUUCAAAUAUUGAAUUCAUUUCAGCUGAGUAAAUGAAUCUGAUGCUGGCCUACUCUCACAGGAGGAUACAGAAUUGAAAAAGUAUCCUUUUUUCCCCCCAAACUUCUCGCGGUUUACUUAGUUUCAUCAUGUCUGAAAAAGUACCGCACACACCUUACAAUAAAAAGCAGAAUAAUGUGCUCCAAAUAACCACUGAAUUGAGUCAGCGUCACUCUGAUAUGGGCCCAGACUAAAAUUAAGCAGAAGCUUCACAAAGGCAGAGCUUGUGCCAGGCUUCAGUGCUUAUUUGUGCUUCUGUUUCCAUUUUUUGUAUCAAAUAAAGGCAAAAGUCCAGAGUGCUGCAUUUCUCUGGGAAACAAGGACGUUUCAGCCUCGCAGUAUUGAUCCAGACCUGUUUUUUUUUUUUUCCUCAUCCCGAUACGGUGAAAUAUAUUCUACAUCUUCAGCUUUCUGUAAUGGGUUCAGUGUUAAAUAACAUGUUUGCUGUAUUUUCAAUAAACCGCUUACAGAGUACGUCUUUGUGUCGUACGAGGCAUGUCAAAGGUCGCUGUGGGUUUACGUGUAUCUGCUUUGACACGUCUGCUAGCCCAGCUUCUCAUCUCCUGCUUAUCUCUUAUUUUAUUAUCUUAUUUUGUGCCGCACAUAAUUUUUCUGUCCUUUCCAAAGAAACCUGGAAAGGUAGCUGGAUUUUCUUAACCUGCUGCACAGUCCUGAUUAAAUUGCCGAGUUGUUUAAUUC